AUGCAAUACUUCCGACCUCGAAUUUGGAUGCUGUUCUGCAUGGUAGCCUGGGCUGGCACUCUGUUCUCGGGUGUGCUGCAGGGAGCUAUCUACGACAGUCUUAACGGCAAAUCCGGCCUCCCAGGAUGGAGAUGGUUGUUCGUGGUUGACUUCUUGAUUACGAUCCCCCUGGCUGUCUACACCUAUGCUUGCUUUCCCGAUACGCCACUUACAACUCAGGCUUUCUAUCUGACAGCCGACGAAAAGGAGCUGGCAGUUGCGCGUCUAAAUCGCCAACCCGAACAUAUUCACGGAGAAGUAACCAAGUCAUCCUUCAAGCGCAUCUUUUCAACCUGGCAUAUCUAUGGCUUCUGCUUCAUUUGGACUAUGGGAUCCAACUGCGAGAUGUUUUCGUCUAACGCCGUCAUGCAACUAUACCUCUCAAGUCUGGGUACUUUCUCCGUCACCAAGGUCAACUACAUGCCCGCAGGUGUCUCGGCGGUCGGCAUCUUUUCUACCCUUGUGCUCGGCUGGUACUCGGACUUCACGCGCAGGUCCUGGCACAUUGGCAUUCUCCUCUCAGCCACGGCGGUGACUACCGCUGCCAUAAUGUUGCACCCGCCCAGCUUCGCCGGCAAGAUGUUUGCGCUGUACCUGAACGGCUGCCAGUAUGCCAACCAGACGGUCAUGUUUGCGUGGGCGAACCGGCUGGUCAAGGACGAUGAGAACAAGCGGUCCUUCAUUGUCGCGGCUAUGAACACGAGUGCUGUUGUCUUCUACAGCUUCUGGUCCAUCAGCUUCUACGCAGCCAACAUGGCGCCCAUGUGGCGACGCGGUGCUAUCGCUAUGUUGGUGAGCGGGUGCCUGAUGUGUCUUGGGACCUUAGUCGUCAAGCACUUGGAGGAUCGGGAUGCUAAACUACUUGAGAUGACUCCUGGGAUUGAAACACCUGCUGACGAGGGUGCUAGUGAUGGAAUGGAGGUUGAGAAGGUAACGGGCAGUGGAGAUGUCAAGGCGUCUGCUUAA